CAUCAAUGAACCAAACACCUGACCCAGUCCAAUCCCAACCUAAACCAACGACCAAUCAGUCCCAAGACAUUAAACAAGCCAGUCAAUCAGGACACAGCACACAGAAUAUCAAUCACUCAUCAAGCAGCACAGUUUCAGCUGGUCUAUCCUCAACAACAACUCGAGUCAGCCCAGAACCGCCGUUCAAACAACAGUCAACAGCAAUAUCAACCAACCAAGCAACAGAGACAACUCAGUCAGGCAAAACCCAAACCAAUCUAUCUUCACAUUUCCAAUCUCAAACAACCAGCCAGUCAACAAUAAGUACUGGACUGACCAGUCAAUCAUCAGGCAUAGCAACAGAAACUAGUAAAUCAACAAAAAGUACAACUUUGUCUGCUGACACCUCAACCAAGAUUGUGAAAAUCAGCCAAACACAGAUCAACGUCGUGCAUUCAACCCAAAAACCAACAACCACAGAAUCUACCAGUCAAUCAACUACAGAAGCAUCAAGCCAUUCAGACGCCAGCCCAGUAACAAAGACCAAACAACAGUUAACAGCAACAUCAACUAGCCAAACAACAGAGACAACUCAGUCAGACGAAACCCAAGCUGAUCUAGUUUCACGUAUCCAAUCUCAAACAACCAGCCAGUCAACAGUAAAUAUGGGGCUGACCAGUCAAUCAUCAGGCAUAGCAACAGAAAUAAAUAAAUCAACAAGCAGCGCAGCUAAGACUGUGAAAACCAGCAAAUCAGAUGUCAACGUCAUGCCAUUCACCCAAAAGCCAUCGACCACAACAUCUAUCAGACAAUCAACUAUAGAACCAUCUAGCCCACCAUCAACUACCAAAGUGACUUCCAAACCAAUCAGUCCCAUCUCAAAGACACAAAACAACAAAUCAGCAACUUCCAGAGAACCAGAAAACCAGUUGUCAACCAACAUUGCAACGGCCAAUAAGGAAAUAAGACCUACUAGACCAACGCCAAGCAUCACCUCAUCAGAAAACCAGUCCCUAAAUAGACUAACACAAACCACUCAGUCUUCAACCACAUUGGCAAUGUCCAAAUCAUCUGGAAGUCUAGAACCAACCAAACCAACAGAUCCCGAACAGUCCCAAUUACAAUACACUCCUACCGCACCAGUUCAACCUGCAAGAAAGACAAAACACCCCAUCCAACAAGUAAAGAGUACAACAUCAGCCAGAAAGUCAUCCGAAAAACAAAUAAAUGCUAAAGCACCAUCCAGAAAAUCUUCAUCUAAAAAGACAGGAUCAAACCAUUCACCAAUAAUCACAGCAAAAUCUGGACAAUCACUGGAAGGAACAGACCCCUUGAGCCAAUCACCAGUCAGUAGAUCACCUCCCAGGAUCUCAUAUCCAGAUGGCAGCACAACAAAAUCAGUUCAGCUGUCAUCCAGCCGAACAUCACCGAGUCCCUCGGCUACUUCAUCACAACCAAUGAGUCAGUCUGAUCUCACGACAUUUUCUAACCAAUCUCCAGCUACUUCAGCUCCAGCUGAUCAGUCAGUGACAACUUCAGUGGCUUUAGCAUACACAUCUCACAACCGGAGGUCGAAUAAUCAAACUCUGGUGAAGUUGGUAAACUCAGACCAGUCACUGAAUGGGUCUUUACUGCGAAACCAAUUGGCAACUGGUUCAACAACGGCAGGAAACCCAAUCAGGGGCUCCUUUUCACCAGAUGAUCGGCCGGUUAAUGACUCGCAGCUCACCAGGCAGGCAAAAGAGACUCUAAAGUCUUCGAAACGCAGAAUACCAGGGGAGCCGUGUGAGCAUCCCUGCCUUAAUGGAGGACAGUGCUAUUUGUCUGAGUCAUGUGACUGCAGCUUGUUUCAGGCCACUGGACACAGAUGUCAGACAGUUCCAAAUCUCGGGUUUGAGAGGGAGAUGACCUGCAGGACGUGGGGUCAGUACAACUUUGAGACCUUUGACGGUCUCUACUUCCACUUCCCUGGCCGAUGCACAUACACGCUGCGGGACUGCGAGGAAACCACCCAGGCCAGUCUGGAUUUGCAGGUCCAUAAUGACCCAAACUGCGGCUCGGCUCCCUACACCUGCCAGCGGUCCGUUAGCCUCUUCCUGCCGUGGGAUGGCGAGAUACGACUCUACGCCACCAGCGUUACCUUCAAAGGUCAAAGUCUGCAGCUUCCUCAUCAUAUCCAUGAGCUGCAGCUAGAGCAGAUUUCCCAGUAUGUGCUGGUGACGCAGCAGCAGGGCUUCACGCUGGCCUGGGAGGGGCGGAGCGGAUCGGUCUACAUUAAACUCAGCCCGGAGUUCGUGGGCCGAACCUGCGGCCUGUGUGGAAACUUCAACGCAGACAUUCAGGACGACCUUAAGACGAGCUACGGUGUGCUGACUCCAGACGUAGAGAUGUUUGGGAACAGCUGGAUGGAGAUGGAGCCCCACCAGGACCCAUGUCCCCAUGUUCCCUCUGCGUUCCCGUCGCCCUGCACUGGUGUUGAUACUCAAAUCCUUCUGAAAGUGGAGGAAGUUUGUGCGGCGCUGCUGGACCCGCCUUUCCAGAGCUGCCAUGACUUUGUGAGUCCGCUGUCCUACAUGGCCAGCUGCUCCAACGACCUCUGCAUGUCGGAUCCCAGUGGCGAUGUGGUAUGCCAGGUGUUCAGCGAAUACGCUCGAGCCUGCGCCCAUGCUGACCACCCACUGCACAACUGGAGGCAGCGCGUUCCUCAGUGUGUGAAGCAGUGUCCUCUGGGGCUGCAGUACAGGGAAUGCAUCAGCUGCUGCCCACAGACAUGCAACCUGGAGCGGACUUGCAUAGACAGCAAGCUGGCCUGCUUAGAUGGAUGCUACUGUCCUGAAGGUCUGAUUUAUGAGGAAGGGAGUUGCGUGGCCCCGGUUGACUGUCCCUGUGAAUACCAUGGCAUGUUUUAUCCCUCUGGACAAACUCUGCAGGAAGAAUGCAACAACUGCACAUGUGUGGGUGGCGUGUGGAACUGCACCGACCACAUCUGCCCAGGGGAAUGCUCGGUUACAGGCGAUAUGUACUUCCGGUCGUUUGACGGGAGGAUCUUCACCUUCCCUGCGACAUGUCAGUACGUCCUCGCCAAAAGUCGCAACUCAGGAAAAUUCGCCAUCACCAUUCAGAACGCCCCCUGCGGAGCCAAUCUAGACGGGGCCUGCAUCCAAUCAGUUAACCUGAUCAUUGACGAGGAUCCAAGGACUGAGAUCACACUGAGUCACGUCGGCGAGGUCUUCAUCGCCGGCCAGUACCGAGUCUCGCUGCCCUAUUCUGACGACAUCGUCCACAUCCAGGAACUGUCGUCCAUGUUCCUCCAGGUGAGGACGGCGUUCGGCCUGCAUCUGCAGUACAGCUGGACGGAGUUUCGUCUCUACCUGCAGGCCGACGAGACGUGGAAAGACGACACGGUGGGGCUGUGCGGCACCUUCAACGGCAACACUCAAGAUGACUUCCUGUAAGCUGUGAUUUCCUGCAGAUCUCCAUCAGGAAUGAUUGAGAGCACCCCUCACCUGUUUGGAAAUGCCUGGAAGGUGUCGUCAGCCUGUUCCCUCAGCCUGAGCACGCCGCCGCUCGACCCCUGUGACACCCACCAACAGGCCGUGAGCUACGCCUCGGAGAUGUGUGACAUCCUGAACCAGGAUCUGUUCGCCGCCUGUCAUGAGUACCUCAGCCCAACUUCGUUCCACCUGCAGUGCCGCGCAGACACCUGCAGGUGUGGCACGCCCUGCCUCUGCUCCGCCCUGGCUCACUACGCGCGGCACUGCCGCAGGUUCUCCAUCGUCGUCGACUUCCGAGCGCACAUAUCGGACUGUGCUGUCACCUGUCCUGCCACCAUGCAGUAUGGCACCUGUGUGUCGGCCUGCCAGCGGCGCUGCUCCUCCCUGGCCGCCCCGCAGCACUGCGGGGGCGACUGCGAGGAGGGCUGCGUCUGCCCCCAGGGCUCCUUCUACAACCACCGGACACACACCUGUGUGCACAGGUCCGAGUGUCCCUGCAGUUUCCUCGGAGCCGACUACGAACCCGGAGACGUGAUCUUGACAUCAGCAGGUGUUCAAGUGUGUCUUAAUGGUAAACUGGUUCCCCAGACUGGAGAAACUGACAGGUUUUGCCCUCCGGGUCAGCUCCACCUGAAUUGCUCAGAUGGGGCGAACAGCCAAUCAGCAGGAAGGGGCGUGGCCUGUGAGCGCACCUGUGAGUCCUACCUGCUCAACAUCACCUGCUCUGCGCAUGAGCCCUGCAUCUCUGGCUGUGCCUGUCCGCCCGGGUUACUGAAACACGGGGAUGAGUGCUUUGAGCCUGAUGCCUGCCCUUGUUUGUGGAAAGGGAAAGAAUAUUUCCCUGGCGACCGAGUUUCCUCCCCCUGCUACCAGUGUGUUUGCCAACAGGGGAUGUUCCAGUGCGUGUUUCGUCCGUGUCCCUCCAUGUGCACAACUUACGGUGAUCGGCACUACAGGACGUUCGACGGACUGCUGUUUGACUACAUCGGGGCCUGCAAGGUCUAUCUUGUGAAGAGCAGCGCUGAUGUGAUGCUGAGCGUUUUGGUGGAGAACGUCGACUGCUUUGACAGUGGAAUCAUCUGCAGGAAAUCCCUUCUGAUCAAUAUCCGCGGAUCCUUCAUAUCUUUCGAUGAUGAUUCUGGAAAACCAAAUCCGUCUAGUGUGAUCGACAAGAAGCAGCAGAUGUUCAUCUGGCCAGCUGGAUAUUUCACAAUAAUUCACUUCCCAGAAGAAGACGUGACGGUGCUGUGGGACCGCAAGACAACGGUUCACAUCCAGGUUGGACCGCGCUGGCAGGGGAAACUCAGCGGCCUGUGUGGGAACUUUGACCUAAAGACGGUCAACGAAAUGCAGACACCUGACAACAUCGACUCGCCGACGCCGCAGGAGUUUGGAAACAGCUGGACGGCCAUGGAGUGUGUGAACAGUCCAGACAUCAGACAUCCUUGCAGCCUCAGUCCUCUCAGAGAGCCGUUUGCAAAGCGUCAGUGCGGCGUCCUGCUCAGUGAAGUCUUUCAGACCUGCCACCCGGUGGUGGAUGUCACCUGGUUCUACAUGAACUGCCUGGCUGACACAUGCGCCUGCAGCCACGGCGGCGACUGCGAGUGUUUCUGCACCAGCGUGGCGGCGUACGCAGGGCGCUGCUGCCAUGAGGGCGUUCCUGUCGACUGGCGCUCGCCCUCUCUUUGCCCAUAUGACUGUGAAUUCUACAACAAAGUUCUGGGUAAAGGUCCGUUCAGGCUCUUGACCUUCUGGGAUCAGACGUCCCUGUUGGUAGCCAGCCGGUCCAGCGGCUUCGUGUUCCUGCAGCGGGUCAACACCAGCGCCGGCGCCGCUCCUGGGAUCCUCGCAGAGUUUAUGAUGACGCCGGGCCUCAGCAGAGCUCGACCACACGGUGAAUUCAUCGCGGGUUCCUUUGAAGCCGUUGACAGACCGAACUACUUCCUGCACGCGAGCGCCAGCGCUCAGGUGAGGCUGGCCAAGUGGGAGGGAAGCGAUGCAUUCUGGGACGGAGCCACCUUCGUCCUCCACAGGAACACCUGGAUCUCGGGCUACAACUCGCUGGAGUCGCACGCCAAACCCGGCUUCUUCCUGCGCACGCCCCGCCUCCACCUGCUCAAGUUCAGACACAGCUACGGUUUCCGCAAGGCGUCGCUGUUCAGAUGACGGGUCAGAGUCACAAAAAUACCAGACAGCCCUCCGGGUCCUCGCUGCCAGUGGCGGUACGACUCCUGCAUCAGCCCCUGCUUCAGGACCUGCAGCGACCCGUCCGCCGAGUCCUGCGUCACCAUCCCACAAGUAGAGGGCUGCCUUCCUGUCUGCCCCCCAAAUAUGGUCCUGGAUGAAAUCACCCGUCGAUGCGUUCAUGAUGAAGACUGUAUUCGGCUCCCAGAUUCAAGACUUCCCAACCAGUUACAACCAGAGGUCAACCGCAACUACAAGCAUGUCUUCUCCGUCCUUGUAUUUGCUCCACACAACAAGCUCUACAACAGCCCCAGAGGUAUCUACAGUCCUGGAGAAGAUCACGACCCGACUGGUGUCCUCUUCAAGAGCCACACCCACCGCUGUUGCCACAUCUGCAACAAUUUCCCGUUUGACCACAACAUCUGCUCGAGUCUCUUCACCGUCAUCGACGGCCGCCUUCACCGGAGAUCAACCUCAACCAAAGAGGCUGAAACAACAACAUCUCCAUCCCGACCUGAUGUCUUUGUCUCAACCCAGCAGCCUGGUAUUCCAGUUCCAACUACAACACGUCAAGAAUCCACCACCGCCUUCCAAAAGACUCCUACAAGUCCAGGAUCCACAACAGCUUCGAGUUCUCCUCACACAGCCGGCGAAUCAACCAGUUCUUCAGUUGACCGAUUAACAUCAAUGUCAGAGACUUCUAUAAGGACGUGCACUCCUCCGUAUGCAGAGAUAGUCGACGAAUGCACAAAGUACAUCUGUGUCAACAACCAGCUCAUCCUGUUCAACAAAUCCCAGAGCUGCCCCUUCACAGCUGAGCCUCCAAACUGCGGCCUGCUUGGCUUUGCUGUUCUGGUCAAUGGAGACAAGUGCUGCCCGAAAUGGGAUUGCCCAUGUCGCUGCUCGAUGUUCCCCGAUCUGAAUGUGAUCACUUUUGAUGGGGACAGCUUUGCCAUUUUCAAAGCUGCUUCCUACAUCGUUGCCCAGCUUCCCAAUGAGACCCUCAGCGUCCUGAUUCAGGAAUGUCCGGCGGACUCAGAUCUACCGCUCAUCUGGAAUUUCACCAACUUGUGUCUGGUUUCACUCAACAUCACGCACAAAUCGAACCAGGUCGUCGUCGACAGACUGCAGAGGAGACUCUUCGUGAAUUCGCGCUACGCCAAGCCUCGUUUUAAAAAGUACGGCUUUGAGAUCUACGACACGGGCAACAUGUACCUGAUCCGCAGCCCGGCCGGGCUCAAGGUGCAGUGGUACCACAGCACCGGCAUGAUGGUGGUCGACGCCAACGACGCAGGCAGCAAACUCCCCACCAGGGGGCUCUGUGGUUUCUGCGAUGGAGAUCUGACCAAUGAUCUACUGCCCAACGGCUCGGUUUUGGCCGUGAGCCAGGACCCGGUUCUGUUCAUCGACAGCUGGCAGGUUCCCAACACCACCAGCUACAUCAGCUACAGCCGUCGGCGUGAAACAAACUGCUCCACCAGUGACUGCUCACGCUGCCUGGCCAUGCUGGAUGACGCCGCCUUCACGCCGUGCCACGCAUUCGUGCAGCCCAGCACCUUUUGUGAGGUUUGGGUGAGAGAUUCAGAGUAUGUGAACAACCACUGUGUGGCUCUGGCUGCUUAUGUGGCAACUUGCCAUAAAUUCAGUGUCUGCAUCAAGUGGAGGAGGCCGGAUUACUGCCCCUUCGUGUGUCCCGGCUCUCUGAGCUACCAGGCCUGUCUGCCGGCCUGCACGUCUCAGUCCUGUCCGAACCACGACUUUGACUCUGAUCCGGACCACUGCUCCGGCCUGACGGAGGGCUGCGUCUGCCAGGGAACGCUGCUCCACCGGCCGUACUCGGCGCUCUGCAUCAGCCCGGAGAAGUGCGCCUGCACCGACAGCGGCGGCGUUCCUCGGUCGCACGGCGAGGUGUGGAAGGCCUCUCAGGACGGCUGCUGCAUGUACCGCUGCGACAACGACACCAUCGUUCCCGUGGAGUACGACUGCUCCAGGCCGGCGCCGGUCUGCCGCCGAACCGGGGAGAUGAUCAUCAGCAUGUCUGACGACAUGAGCUGCUGUCCUCACAAAGUCUGUGUUUGUAACCAGAGUCUGUGCGAUCGCUUCCCUCCUGAGUGUAAAUAUGGGGAAAAGCUGGUGUCGUACUACAGACCAGAGUCCUGCUGUCCGGACUACGUCUGUGAGUGCGAUCCUGAGCGUUGUGAGUCUGAGCUUCCCGCCUGCAGAGACGACCAGACGCCGGUCGCCACCAGAGCCGACGGCAGCUGCUGUCUGGCCCACAUCUGCAUGUGCUCUUCCUGUGCGGAGAGGCCUCCUUCCUGCCAGGACGGCGAGGUGCUGAGCGUCGACAGCAACAGCACGGAUCGAUGCUGCCCGUCCUACCAGUGCGUGUGUGAGCCCUACAGGUGUCCUCAGCUGAGCUGUCCCGUUGGGAUGUCAGUCAUGUCCGUUUCCAGCCCAAAUCUCGCUGUCCCAACCAAACAUUGUGCAGCUGUGAAAAGAUCGUCUCCUAAAUGUAGCCUGGGAGAAGCUGCACAGCUUGACCGGGCCUUCCUGACCGACCCUCAGAACCAGUGCUCCUGCAAGAGAUACAAGUGUGUACGCGAGGCCGUGUGUGUGUUCGGUGAGCACGGACUGCUGCGGCCGGGUCAGACGCUCGUCGAGCACGGAGACGACGGUUUGUGUUACAGUCGCCACUGCAGCCAUGUUCUGGCGACGAGUGGAUUUCACCUGCUGAGGAUUUCCACGGUGAACUGCUCCGCCCACUGCCACCCGAAUCAGAUCUAUGUUCCUCCUAAAGACCAGUCAACCUGCUGCGGCGAAUGUAAAAACAUCUCCUGCAUCUAUCAACACGAGAACAGGACGGUCGGCCUCUACAAGCCUGGAAGGUCCUGGGUGUCAAACUGCAAGAAGUUCGAGUGCUCCGACACUUCAUUCGGACCGACGCUCAUCUCCUACUCUUACAGCUGCCCCCCCUUCAAUGAGACAGAGUGCAUGAAGAUCGGAGGAACCAUUAGUUACAUGGAUGGAUGCUGCAAGACGUGUAAAGAAGACGGGAAGUCGUGUCAGAAAGUGACGGUGAGGAUGACGAUCAGGAAGAACGACUGCCGCAGCAACCGGCCGGUGAACAUCGUGUCCUGCGACGGAAAAUGUCCCUCCGCCAGCAUCUACAACUACAACAUCAACACCUACGCUCGCUUCUGCAAGUGCUGCAGGGAGACGGGGCUGCAGCGGCGCUCCGUGCAGCUCUACUGCAGCAGCAACGCAACCUGGGUCAGCUACAGCAUCCAGGAGCCCACCGACUGCUCCUGCCAGUGGUCCUAGGCACAAACACUCACCUUCUGCAGCCCAGGCCUCACCUGGACCAGGAGUGUGAGGCCUGCAGGUGCUCAUGGAGAGGACAGCUUGGCGUUGGGACUGUGAAUAACACCACUGCGAGG